AUGGAGAAGGACGAAGAGUUUGAUCAUGCUACAGCUAAAUUAGAUUCUGAUGAAGAAGGCGAUGAACUUGCACAAGACUGGUCGCAAAUGGCCAAGGUCACGGUUAGCCAAAAUGUAAUUCCUAAAAGAGGAGAGAAGGACUUCGAGCCUGAUGGUACCAACGUACAAGAGUUAAUGCUGUUUCGCGCAAAGAAAGCGAUGUUUGACUCGCUCAGUGGGGCGAUACGCGGCUCUGUGGUGAAAAACCUCGUGAAGGCAUACUAUGUACCUGAGAAACACAUGGCUGUUGUACCGCAUCCUAAAGGUACUUUUAUGCAUACAAUGGGGAGAGUCGACAGCAGUGGUUGUUGCUGGCUUGAAGUUUACGAGUUCGUGUAUCUGGCAGAAAGAGGAACGGUCACACCAUACUGGCAAAACUCAGGUAGAGAGGACGAUGAGUUUGAUGUGCCGUUGAGUGUCGAGGACACAUAUUCGCUAUUUAAGUCUCAGUCUGAGCUAGAUGAGUUUUUUGUUUAUGCCCACCUUAAAAGAUUAGGCUUCAUUGUUUCUAGCAUCAAUCAGAACGUCCCACAUUGGUCAUCGUACUUGGAGGUCUCAAGCAUCACUGGAGAACAGCGAGUAUACCGCUACUUUACCUCUUUAUUCCGAUUAAUACCCACCAUACCGCAUUUUUCGAUUUAUGAUCCCUAUCACUUUUAUUUCCGAAGAUAUACUUCUUCAGGUCAAAUAUAUCGAUCUCUCAAUUUACUGAUUCCAAGUUACUCCGCUCCGCGCACAGUUCAAGAGCUCUGUAAUGAGAAUGCUGAUUCUUAUCAAGAGACGACAGAUCUCAAGGCGUGGAAAAUUUCGUUUAACGUAUGGAAACCGAGAACAAACUUCAGGAAGAAAAGUCCUGGUCUACCAGAUUUUCAAAUCGUCGUGUAUAAUAAAAACGAAAGUGGCUCAAGUUUCCCAACAUACCCAGAAAUACGGAAUAUUUUUCAGCGACUUAAUUACCAAUUUGACUUUCUAACUGAUGGUAAUAUGAACGAUGUUCAAGUAGCGAACAAAAUUCCACAGUUGAAUAAUGAAUAUAAGAUCACAAAAAAAGAAGAUGAAUCCCCACGUACCAAGGAAAACAAAAAAAACUGUAAAACGUAUCCUCCGCACAUCCAACAGUUACGGAGAUUAAAAAAAGGAUAUAGAAGUUUCGUACUAGCUGUUAUGGAUGAUGGCUUAAUUAGUUUUGUUCGAUUAUCAGAAUCAGAUUUUGGUUCAGAGAAUGUAUGGUACGAACCCAACGCCUUUACAAAAAAAUCAAGUAAGUCUCAAAGGCCUAAGAGGAGGCCUAAGAAAAGGUCUGAAAAGACACCAGAAUAA